AUGAAAUUCGCCCCACCCGAGGACCACAUGGCAGUGAUGCCAUUCACGCUGCAAUGUCUGCGGCUGUUCGGACUUCGCGGGGAUCGCCGCAAUCGGGUGCACUUUGUGCUGGCCCUGCUGUACCGCGUUAUGUUGCUGAAUUUCCCAAAGCUCGCGUUUGGCUUCCGGGAUCGCAUCGAUCUGGUUAUUCGAAGCAUUUCGGAGCUGCUGUUUCAAAUCCACAUCGACCUGCGGGCUGUUUUGUUCGCCACAAAGUUGGGAGAGUUUGAGGAAUUGGUGGGAAUUUUGAGGAAGGUGUACAAUAAGGUUAAAACUCUGGACGCCAACUCAUCGGAAAGGAAGAUCAUCGAAACUUCGAACUUAGGGAUUGAUCGACGCUCCAAGUCCUACGCACUGUACGUAGCAAUUGCAGUCACCGUCUUCUUCUGGGUUCCCGUGGUCCAAACUACAGCUAUUUGGCUUCUGAACCGUGGUUCGAACAGUACCGAUCGCCCCGAGUUUGUAACGAUGAUGGAAUUAGAGUUCUACGGUAUGGAUCAUCGUCAGAACAUCGUUCAUUACUUCGUUUAUGCGACCUUUUCGAGCGUAGCCCAUCACUAUUCUGCGGUUUACUUUGCCCUCUCCGGAAUGGUGAUCUUCAGCUGUAUCAAGUCAAUCGCUGCACUGUUUGAGCUUGUUUCAAUCAGAUUGGCAACACUGCACGAGCUUUCAGGGAAGGAACUUCGCGAAGAGUUGGCGGAUCUGGUUGAGCUGCACGUUGAUGGAUUAAGAUGCAUCGAACUCUUGGAAAACAUCAACAAUCUGGCCAUGAUGGUACAAAUGGUCAACUGCGUAUUGAUUUGGAUUUCAAUGUUUCUCUCAAUCAGCACCCAUUUCACCCCAGAAGUGGUCAGCCUGUUGGUUCUACUAAUCGUGAUGACUGGCGAAACUUACGUUCUGUGUCAACUGGCAACCGAGCUAUCGCACGUGAACCUAACCGUUGCAGACUCCAUCCACCGUUCAGAGUGGAUCCAGUUGCCCGUUGACGUGCAGAAGGGACUGGCGAUGAUGUUGCAGCGGGCUCAGAAAAGGCAAGGCCUCACGGCUGCCAAGUUCUUCUACAUGGACCCCUGCAUGGACGUCGAGCGGUUUGGCCGCGUGGCACAGACUUCUUACUCGAUCUUUGUCGUGCUGAAGGAAAGAAUGUGA